AUGUCUGAAAUCAAAACUUACACAUUUGACGAAAUUUCUCAACACAACACCGUUGACGAUCUUUGGGUUGUUUACGACGGGAAGGUGUACGACGUUACCCUGUACGUUGACGAGCAUCCUGGUGGUGAAGAAGUUGUGGUAGAUUGUGCUGGACAAGAUGCCACUGAAGCUUUUGAUGACAUUGGACACUCGGACGAUGCCAAAGAAAUCUUGGAAGGUUUAUUGAUUGGUACCUUGGAAGGUGCUGUUCCAAGGAAGGUGGAAACAUCUACUGCCUCUUCUUCGGACUCUGGCUUACCAGUUCCAUUAAUAGCUGCUGUUGUCUUGGGAGCCGCUGUAGGUGCUUACUUUUACUUAAACUAG